AUGGCCACAACUAUCGAAUCAAAACCAUGUCAAGCAAAUGAUAAUGGACUCACUUGUGAAAAAGAUGCCAGUUGUUAUAGAGCAAAAUGUUUUCAUUGUUCACGUGAUUUAUGUUUAAUGCAUUUAACUGAACAUACACAAUUAGUUGAAAGUCAAACACGAACAUUUUUAUAUUCACAUGAAAAAAUUUUAAAUGAUUUAAAUAAUAAAUUUGAAUCUCUUUCAAUAUCAUCACGUAUAUUAGAAUAUCCAUUUAUUCAAUUGGAAAAAUGGCGUACAGAUGCUCAUCAAAAAUUAGAUCAAUUAGCUGAACAAAAACGUCAAGAAAUUCAAAGAAAAAUUUCGGAAUAUAGAAUUAUAUUUACAGAAAAAACAAAUGAACAAAAACAAAAAAUUGAAUUAUUAAAAAAACAAUUAAAUAAUUUAUCUCGACAAACACAUGUGGCUAAUAAAGAAAUUAAAUAUUUAGAAGAUAAAAUUAAUGAAACAAAAAUUUUUUUACAUUCUAUUGAAAAACAUUCAAUUAAAGUAUCUACUUAUGCUUUCUUUGUUAAUAUUCGAACAAAUUUUUUUGAUUUACAAACUUCACGAAUUGCUCAAUUAGCAUCUCCAAUUAUUAGUCAAUCUACAAGAAAGACACGUUUUGAUUUAAAAGAAUUUAUGAAUAAUGGAAAUAAACAACGUUUGGAUAAAAAACGAUCAUUAUCUGUUUCAUUAUUAUAA